AUGGGCUCCCACGAAAAAAGAAGGCACUCACGCACGGUAUGCGUCGUCCCUGCGAGGAGGUGUGCGGGUGUGCGGGUGCCCCCGGAAUCAGCAAGCGGCGGAGGCAACGGCGGCCGCGAGCGGCAGCAGCAACGUCGCAAGCACAAACGAACCGACGGGGCACUGCUCUGUCCGCGUGUGUCGGAGUCCUGCCCCCAGUGGCGCUGGCUGCAUUUGGGGCCCCGCCAGCCCCGCCGGCGGAAGCGGUGCGGCUGGACGCGUCGGAGCGGCCCUGCUAAGCUGCGGACGCUUGCGACCCUUCGGCCUCACGCGGCUGAUCGGGUGCCGCGGCGCCUCGGUCUCCCUCCUGCAGCGGCUGCUCCCCACCACGGCUUUGGGGCGCUGCUUCGGCCUCCCCUCUCCUCGGCCCCACUUGCACUCACCCCCUGCUGCAAGGUCCUCGCUUCCGCGGUCUCGCCCUGCAACUCUGCGCCCUUCGGACCUUCUGCCUCCGUCCCCAGUUUGCCCCCCGCAGCGGGUCCCUUCGCGGCCCCUUCGGGCCCAUCCGUGUGCACGACUCCCGCGGCUCCCCUGGGCGUUGACGCCUCGCACUGCGUCAGCGCGCCAGGUAAGUCGCUGCCCGAAACAGUGGCAGACGCGCCCAAGGCCCCGUUAUUUGCCUUGAGCCACCGCCUGCGCACCCCACUGCCCUCCUCCGUCUUGCACACCAACGUGGAGGCAAGCAACUCUUGCGCCGCCGGCUGCAGAGCAGCGACCGUUGGGCGACGCGGCGGAGCCGUACAGAGUCCCGGCCCAGGCGCAGAGGGAGUCACUCGCGUCGCCAAUGGCCCCACUCCUCCUGAAAGACGCUUCCAAACUGAAUGCGCACUUCUGCCAGGCACUCUCGCCGGGGACACGCCAACUUCACCUGUCGGCAGCGUCCGCACACGAGACAUCCACCGGCACAUCCACCUCCUCCUCGGCCGCCGCGACGCACGCGGAGAGGCAGCCGCAGGCGCAGAGCAGCGCGAGGAGCGCUGGGGCGCGCAACGCACGGCGCCGCGCCGUCAGCGUCGUCGUCAUCGCCAUCCGUCGCACCGCACCGCCACACGCGCGGAAGAGAAGGCGGGACUCGGCCGCGGGGCGCUCCCCCGCCCUUGGCGUCCCCCUCCUCCCCGCUUCCGCGGCCCCGGAAGGAAACGGCAGCGGCAGCGCCGACCAAGAAAGGAGCCCCGCGCGCACGCGGUUGCGUGUGUGCCUGCAGACGCGCAACGGAAAGAAAAGGGGGAGCAGGAAGGCAUGCGAGAGCACACGCGCAGGCACAGCAGGGACGCGGAGCGGAACAGGCAGGGCACAACUCAGGCCAGAGACCGCAGCGCGGCCCACGCAGCGGCAAGCCACGGGAAAUAUAAUGAAGAAAAGAUGGAAAACAUAAAAAAAAACGUCCUCGAUUAUGCGUAA